AUGAGCACAGAGAUUGAGUUCCAGAGAGUGGGGGCAGCUGCAGGGAAGGCUCGGACCCUCAAGGUUCAGAAGGCUCAGUCCCCCAAGGUUCAGAAGGCUCAGUCCUCCAAGGUUCAGAAGGAUCAGUCCUCCAAAGUUCAGAAGGCUCAGUCCCCCAAGGUUCAGAAGGCUCAGUCCUCCAAGGUUCAGAAGGCUCAGUCCUCCAAGGUUCAGAAGGCUCAGUCCUCCAAGGUUCAGAAGGCUCAGUCCUCCAAGGUUCAGAAGGUUCAGUCCUCCAAGGUUCAGAAGGAUCAGUCCCCAAAGGUUCAGAAGGCUCAGUCCUCCAAGGUUCAGAAGGCUCAGUCCUCCAAGGUUCAGAAGGCUCAGUUCUCCUAG